ACGUAGUUUGCACGUACAUAGCUCGUGGUAACCACGUUAAAUUGUUGACUUAUGCUCCUAAUCUAGUGAGUAAGAUCAAACUUUCAUGCUAGAAAAAUAGUCUGAAGCGUUUGAAAAUUUUUUCCUAGACUGCUAAGUGUAUCAUAGCAAACGGUAGUGCAAAAUCAAGUUUAAUUUUAGCAUAGCGCAGAUAAUGAUGCACAGAUGACCCUGGCGCAGCAGCUCAACUAAAGGAGGAACUUCACUAAACUUUACUCCAUGGGGCGGCGCAAAUCCAAGCGCAAGCCUCCGCCAAAACGAAAGGCUUUGGAGGCGCUCGACACGCAGUUCACCUGCCCCUUCUGCAACCACGAGCGCUCCUGCGACGUCGACAUAGACAAGGACCGGAGCGUGGGGAGAGUGCACUGCAGAGUGUGUUUGGAGGACUACCAGUGCCACGUUAACUACCUCAUGGAGGAGAUCGACGUCUAUAAUGAAUGGAUAGAUGCCUGUGAAGCUGCCAACUGAAUCAUUAGAAACUCAGGGACGAGAAAAUUUAAGAUUAUUAUCAGCAAUAAAUAACCAGUUAACAAAAUACGAACUAAGACUGCAAAUUAUGAUUACGUAUAUAAUUGACUCUCUGAACCUGUUUAACUCACAGUCUUAUGACUGUUACUCAGUCAUUUAGACACGAAUAGCAUAAGAAACAGCAAAUUUAUCUGAAGAGGAAGGGUUAUGUACCUGCACAUUUUUGACGCCUAUUGGAAAUUGUGUCAGCUCGACGCGGGUCGAAGCAAAAGUAUGUCGUAUUUAACUAAGAACUUAAUUGACUGCGUGAGUCAAGACAUGGGUUCAACGCCACAGCCACAUCCUAUUGCAGGUAACUUGCAGGACUUGAAUUCGGGAAUAUCAUCAACAAUAAAUAAUAAUGCAGGCUUUUACAUUGUCGUAUAAACUUUGUUGUUGAGACGGAACUUUAUCAUAAAUUCAGUCAGACAAAAUUACUCGGUAGACCAUGUGAGUUGAGGCUCCACGUCUAACUUUGGGUCAGGUACGAAGACCCGAAACGAAACGAUUCAUAUCCCAAAAAGUAUCCAAUUAACCACAUUCAAUUAACGAAUCAUGGAAACCUAGAAAAUAUACUUUCCAGUAAUAAAAUUUAGCUCCAAUUAGUUCAUCCAUCACAAUUUGUAAUGGUGUGUUGAUCACAAAAGAAAUCUAAUCAUUAUUCGAUAUCAUUCUUAAUAGAUUUUCUUACUUGUCGACUAGAUGAAAAUCUCUUCGCCGAACUACAGGCUAGUGGAGUUUUAGUGCCUUUAGCUCGAUAAUCCUCCAAUACUGUGCCUUGUACUCGAGCUUUGCUUUUAUCUUAAAAUAAAAUUGAAUUCCUCAU